AUGGCUGUGCUCUCUGAAAAAGCCGUAAAAAAUGGCCUUCGCAUCAGAAAGGCCACACCUGACGAUAUUCCACCUCUGCAAGCCAUAGUCAACGCCAGCUACUCGAAAUACAUUGACCGCAUUGGAAAGCCUCCUGCUCCCAUGCUGGCCGACUACGCCAAACUACUCGAGACUCGCGAUAUUUUCAUAUUAGAGGCUACAACAAACGAAGAAGACGGGACUCCUGUUGUGAAAAUGGUUGGCUCGAUUAUACUGGGCGUGGAUGCUGAAGGAGACGCAGUCACUGUGAACAAUCUGGUUGUUGAGCCGGCGUCGCAGGGUCGAGGCUAUGGUCGUGUGCUGAUGGAUUUUGCAGAGGGCGUUGCAAAAGAAAAGGGCUUGUCGUGUGUGGCUUUGUUUACGAAUGUCAAGAUGCAUGAGAAUGUUGGGCUGUAUCUCAAGCUGGGAUAUGUCGAGACGGGGAGGAGGACAGAGGACGGCUAUGAACGAGUGUAUUUUCGCAAGCAGCUGUAA